AUGAGAUUCUUGAGAUACUUAUAUGCCACCGAGAUAAGAGGUUAUAUUGACUAUGAGAAGCUGGAAUGUUUGGAGAUUCUAAUUCAGUUUAUGGCUAACAAUGUGGCACUGUUCUGUUUUGCUGUUUGGGUUAACGACGAAGAUAAUAGAGCUUCAGAUGAUUAUAUAGGUCCAGUUGAGGAUGAAGAUGAAACAGAUGAUAUCUUGAGUAGACCUUCUUAUCUGUUUUGCUUAAUUGCACUUGUAGAGCUGGAAAUGAAGAAGAUUUUUCACGGUGAACUAAAGGCUUCAAAGUUUACUCAAUUAAGAACAUUCAAGGACAAGAAAUUACCAAAAGAAUUUUCUAAACAUCUCUACAAUCUGCUGAUGUAUCUCAGAAACAAAAAAACGGAGAACUUUUGUAAUAAUGUCUAUGCUCGAAAUAUUGAUGUGGAGAUAGAGUUCUUAUUGAUUUUUCUUUCUGAUGUACCAAAUAGGUUUAUUAACGGAAAGAGGUUGAAUGAGAUCUUGGAAAAGGCGGGAGUUCUUGUGGGUGAUGUUCUAUGUGUAAUUCAAAAGAUUAUUCCCAGCUAUAUGAUUAAAGAUGAUAGUAGCACGAUAAAUUUUUUCACGGUACAGAUAUUGGAGAAAACUGAAAAUAUGAAGGCACAAGUGGAGAGGUACUACAAAUCCUUCAAAUUCAUUCCAUCUCAGUUUCCCGCUGUUGGUGGAUUGAGCUUUCUGGUCUCUCUUUUGAGAAAAAUGAAUGAGAUGUUGAAACUUGAAUCAGGUUUAAAUUCCAUGAUAAAACCUCAUAUUGUUAUUUUAAAGAGAGAGCUCUCAUAUCUAAAUUCGACUUUCAGAGAUGUUGAAAAGGUGCAUCAUGAUAUUCUGAGAGCUACUAUCAAUUUGGCAUAUGAAGCUGAAGUUGUUAUUGACUCUAUUCUUGUUCAGUAUAAUGGUCUUUGGCAUAUUUUUUGCUCACUUCCUGCUAUCAUAAAAGAGAUCAAGCAUAUUAGUAUGAAGGUGAACAAGAUGAGGUUUAAGAACAUUCCUCUUAAACCCUUCUCUAUGAUUGAGACAUCUAGACAUAUGCCAGAUCAACAUCAUAAUAGUCUUAUGAAUGAUGAGGAUAUAGUGGGUUUUGGGAUAGUAGCAGAAAAAAUGAUUCAUUCUCUUACUCGAGGGACAAAUGAGCUAGAUGUCAUACCAAUUGUGGGAAUGGGUGGACAAGGUAAAACAACUUGCGCUAGAUUAUUGUAUAAUAAUGAAAUCAUUGUUUCUCAUUUUGAUGUUCGAGCAUGGUGCAUCAUUUCUCAAACAUAUAAUCGGAAAGAGCUAUUACAAGAUAUUUUCAGUCAAGUUACUGGUUUCAUGGUCAAGGUAGAUGAGGUUGGCGAACUAGCUGACAUGUUGCGGAAAAGCUUAUUGGGAAAGUGGUAUUUCAUUGUCUUGGAUGAUAUGUGGGAUGUGACAACUCGACUUGAGAAAGUAGGUGAGUAUGUCAAGCACCAUACCAAUCCUUAUUUCCUUCCAUUUCUCACACUAAAAGAGAGUUGGGAAUUGUUGCAGAAAAAGGUGUUUCAAAAUAAAUCUUGCCUGUCUGAACUGUACGAUGUGAGUCUAGAAGUUGCAAAAAGAUGCAAAGGAUUGCCCCUUGUGGUCAUCUUGGUAGCUGGAAUAAUAAAAAAGAAGAUGGAAGAAUCAUGGUGGCAUGAGGUUAAAGAUGCUAUAUAUUCCUAUCUUGGUGAGUCUGAAGAGUAUAGCCGGGGGACUGUGCACUUAAGUUAUGAUAACUUACCCGAUUAUUUAAAGCCUUGCCUUCUUUACAUGGGGAUGUUUCCAGAGGACCACAACAUUUCAGCAUCUAAUUUGAUAAAUUUAUGGAUUGCGGAAGGUUUCGUGCAAGAUGUUGAAUCUGGAAGAUUGGAGGAAGCAGCUGAAGGUUACUUGAUGGAUCUUAUUAGCAGUAACGUGAUAAUGGUUUCAAAGGGAGGAAGAUAUAAUGGUAAAGUCAAAUACUCUCAGGUUCAUGAUAUAGUACUUCACUUCUGCUUGGAGAGGAGUAGAGAAGAAAAGUUUAUGUUGGCUGUGAAGGGGAAUUAUAGCAACUUCAGACUUUCCGAUUGGAAGGAAAGUCGAGUGAGUUUCAGUUUCAGUGAUGGACUUUCUGAGAUUGCAUCCAAAACGCGGAAGCCCUUCCAUCAACACUUGAGGUCACUAAGAAUGACACUAAUCAAAGGUGAAGUUUCUAAUUGGAGUGCAUUCAGACAGUUUAGUAAAUUGAGACUUCUUAAGGUUUUGAAUUUGAGUUCCCAUAGAGUGGGUCGGUUGUCGUCAGCUGCAUUGCAAGCACUAAUUCACCUGAAGUACUUAGCAGUUUCUGCAAGGAAAUUCAAUUUUCAUCCCGAAUCACAUCUUCCCCAUAUAGAAACAUUAAUUGUGUUGUGUCCAUUCAGCCGUACAGUCUUACCACCGAUUUUUUGGAAAAUGAAAACAUUAAGGCAUGUUGAGAUUAAUGAUGUUGUUUUUGAUUUGAAAAACAACAAGAAAUGGAUAUCAGAAGAAUCCUCUAAAUUGGAAAAUUUGAGGAUAUUAAAGCAAGUUGCAAUUAAAAUUGGUGCUGAUGAUAAUGUCGAUGUAUUACUACGGAGGUGUCCUAAUCUUCAAGAACUUGAAAUCGGCAUCUUGUGCGAUGAAGAUUCUGUAGAGAUUUGUCAAUUGGAAAGUCUUACCCAGCUUCAAAUACUUCGCCUUUCCAUUGACUCGUUCCAGUUAAAUGUAUCCAAGUUACGCUUGCCUUUACAUAUAAAAAAGUUAGUACUGCGUGGGACUCGUAUAGAAAGCAUAGUUUCUUCCAUUGGGGGACUACCAAGUCUUGAGUAUCUCCAAUUAGUGCUUCCAACUUUUAUUCAAUUAAAAGAGUGGUGCCUCGGAGAUGUCACGUUCCAUAAACUUAAGUUGUUGAAAUUGGAGUGUUUAAACAUCUCAAGAUGGGAUGCCUCUGAGGAAUCUUUUCCCCUGCUUGAAAGGCUUGUUAUAAAAAAAGGUCAUGAGCUCGAGGAGAUCCCACUUAGCUUUGCAGAUAUUCAAACACUGAAACAAAUUAAGUUGGUUCAGUGCAAGAACAAAUCUCUGAAGGCUUCAGCUUUGAAAAUUAAGGAAGAAGCCGAAGCUAUCGGAGGAAGCGACAUAAUUGACCUCAUUGUGAAAGAUAAAGGAUUUGAAGAUGCAAAGAAGAUUAUCACUGCUUUAAAAGGUAAAGGCAUAUCUGCAACUGAAGCAGCCGGGUUUUGCUGGGGUGUGCUAUUGCUUCCAUCAUUUGUCUCUGUGGAUGAUUUUAAGGGUACAGUUGUUUGUGAUCGGAUUGAGCUAUUAGUCGUCUUACUCCUGGAUUUUAUACAAGUGUCUUGCUUAUUGGACAAAGCAUUGGAUGUCUCAGUGACACUAGAAUGCUGGUGUUUUGAUCUCACAAAUGCGGGUACCUUGUCCCUAGCAGAGUGCUCUCGUCCAGAUAUCCAGAUACAAAUGAGGUACGGUUGUAAAGUUGUCAUGUCAGAAGUUGGUGAGACGUGA